AAUUGCCAACAUUUAGUGUAGAAAUUUAAAUAUAAAAAAUAAUAACAAAAAAAAUCUCUACUACAUAGAAUCUGAUAUUUUGUUUGAUUGUGAAUAGAGAAGGUUGAGCUUCAUAUUGAUCUGGCUUCUGGCUUGUUUCUUGCUUAGAUUUGUGUAUCAGUUGUUGCUGGUGGUGGUUUGGAUCUUUACCAUUAAAGCAUUAAGCAGGUUCACUAGCUGAUAUUGACAUGGGCUUUCCAAAGUACUCAUAUCAAGUAAUGGUGAAUUCAGGCUCUCAAGAAUGGGGCUUCAUCUUUUAGAAAAGAUCAUGGACACUCCAACCCGUUUAGAAAACGGCUACAACGGGCCAACCCACAACUCCUAUUACCAACACAGCCCAAAGUCAUCUCUAGCAUGGCUAGAUUUAAGAGUUUUCUACAUUAGAAUUAGCAAAUGUGACAUCAACAAUGAAUCAACACCCGAGUAUCUCACACUUAACCAUGUCCCACUUAACCGCGAUACUUUACUAGAAGUUAAUGGUGCUAGAACUAGUAUAUACUCGGACGGAGUAACAACCCUUUUAAGAAGAGACCGAAUAGACAAAAAAUCCGAGGAAGUUACAUUUGUUAGUACAGACAGUCUUAGGACGACAGGAAGUUUGAAGUUUGAGGUGUUUGAUAAGGAUGUUCUUCUAGUUUCGGGUGUUUUUGAUUUGUGUCAUGGUAAUGGAAUGCAUGGUGAGUCGAGUGGUUAUGUUUCGAAAUGGAGAAUGGAAUGUGAGACGGAUAUGGUUGCUGGACACGGGUUUUUGAAAGGGAAGCAUAAUAUGGGGCUUGAGUUGGAUCCGCCGUCGAUUGAGGUUUGUUCGGCGGGUAGUUUUGCUGGUGACCCGAUAAUAUUGACGAAAACUUUACAACUUAGUUGUAGAAAGAAGCAAGCAAAGAAAGGAGUUCUUGAAGCUAUACCAGAAAAUGAAACAAUGGCAAAUGAAGAUGAAGGUUCCUCAUCUGGCUCUAGCCUUGUUUUGAAGGACCAAGAUUACCCGAGGUACAAGCCGGAACACGAGCAUCAUAGUCUUUACCCGAGAAUGGAGUACUAUGAAAAUGAAGAUGGGGAAUUAUCAUGGUUCAACGCUGGCGUGAGAGUGGGUGUCGGGAUUGGUUUAAGUGUUUGUCUAGGGGUCGGGAUUGGUGUUGGGUUACUAGCCCGAACCUACCAUCGUACAACUAGAAACUUUGCAAGGCGGCUUAUUUGACAUGGGUUUUUACAAUUCUACCCCUAGACGACACAAGUGCAAGUGCACCCGCUUUAGAAGUUUUGGUUGAAAUCCGUGGAGUUUUAAAGUAGUUGGUCUCGUAGUUGUAGGUUAGUUACUAACAGGGUUGGUGUUGUCGUCAUGUAAAUAGCUAUGAUCUGUCGUGGUUCUUAGUUGUUUUGGUGUACGUCUUUGGUCACCCUCUUUGUUUUUUACUUUUGUCACCAAAUGGUCAAUAGGAAUAAGGUUUCGUCGAUGGAAGUCUGUUUUCUAUACGAAUUAUCAAAAUAAUAUAGACCGCCCAUUUGAUA